UGAGUUUGACAGAUGAUUUUGCUUUGCUUCGGGGCAGACAUCCGACAGUUUGACAAGAUUAUAGCUUAUACCGCUUAUACGCGCAUGUGUAUGUCUGUAAUCAUAAGUUAUUCAAUCUGAAAGAAAUUGAUGUUAAUCAUAUUAUGACUCGACAGGAAGUUUAAGGAGGAGAAAUAAUACCGCAGUUUUGAUAAUUUCUUACCGAUCGCUGCGUGUGAGGAUACUUCUGCUCUUCUUGUUGGAAUCCAUAAAUAAAUCAUCAACAGCAUCUCGCAAUUUGAAUAUUUUCCAUCUUUCAGUAUUCAUAUAUAAACAGUCGUGUCGGAUAUCACUAGGAUUCAUCUAUUGCAAGAAUAUCACAUAGUUCUUGCUCAUGCGCAACAGUGAGAGAAGUUUGAAUAUAAAAGGACAUUGCGAUAUUGGAUGACUUGGAUAUUCGUAGGUGAGGCAGGAUGUGGGAAGGAGAACUGAGUGACGUUAUUCUACCUACGGUAUCGACAAUGAUCAUUUUCGUUAUGACAAUAAACAUUGUCAGAUACUUGAUGGCUGAGCCGCACAUCCACAUUAGAGAUGCGACUAAAUCACAUUCGUGGAAACCAAUCAAGAGAAUAUCCAGGGCACAUUUCUGCAGCAUAUGCGAAUCGCUGCUCAUCAACGUCGAUGGUCUUUAUUGCGACUCGUGUGGAGUCUGUGCCGAUCGAGGCUGUUUCAAACUCGCGGAUAAACAGCUGAAAUGUAAAGACAUAACGCUAGUUAGUGACCAACCAAUGAAACAUCAUUGGGUCAAAGGUAACUUGCCAGUAACUGCGAUGUGCGAUGUUUGUGAUGAAGAAUGUGAAACUGAACCAGGGCUAUUGGAUUGGUGGUGUUGUUGGUGUCAACGAUGCGUUCAUGAUCUCUGUAAAUCUAAUUUACCAGAGGUAUGUGACUUUGGGAAAUUCAAGCUGAUGAUAGUGCCGCCGGGAAGUUUGGAAGUAGUCAACACCCGCAGCAAGAUGCGCCGUCGACUUCAACUCCGUAAAAUAAUACCUCCACUGUGGCCAAACUGGAAUCCCAUAAUUAUUGUUGCCAAUAGAAAAUCGGGUAAUAACGACGGGGCUGCAAUAUUGUCACUAUUUCGAAGGCUCGUAAACCCAGCGCAAGUUGUUGACCUCGCUGAUCGAGAUCCUGUCGCAGUGCUUGAAUGGUGCCGUUUGCUCGGAGAUGUGUCGUGCAACAUUCUUGUCGCUGGUGGUGAUGGGACUGUGGCCUGGCUUCUCAACACGAUUCAUAAACUACAACUAAAGCCGAUUCCAUCUGUGGCAAUACUACCUCUGGGAACCGGUAAUGACUUGUCUCGUGUUCUGGGAUGGGGAAAAGAGCAUAAUUCGGAUCUAGAUCCAGCAGCCACCUUGCAGCAGAUACAAGCCGCCCAGAAGGUGGAUCUUGACAGAUGGCAGGUAUCAGUAAAACCAUUCAGAGGUCUUGGAUUCAGGGGUUCGAGCAAAGAUCAUUUCAUGUACAACUAUAUAAGUAUUGGUGUAGAUGCACAGGUCACAUUGAGUUUUCAUCGCGCCAGAGAAAGUUGUUUCUAUUUAUUCAGUCACAGAAUAUUUAACAAGCUUCUCUAUCUGGGCUUUGGGACACAGCAAGUUGUCGAGAGAGAAUGCAGAGAUUUGGACAAAAAAAUUGAACUUUACUUGGAUGGAAACAAAGUAGAACUACCAUCAAUUGAAAGUAUUGUCGUUCUUAACAUACCUUCUUGGGGUGCUGGUGUUGAUCUCUGGAAUAUGAUUCCUCAAGGAGUUGAUGGUGUUCAAGAGCAAAGCAUAAAUGACGGAAAGUUAGAAGUUGUUGCGAUAUAUUCUUCAUUUCAUAUGGCCCAACUCCAAGUGGGUCUGUCUCAGCCUCAUCAUCUGGGGCAGGCAUCAAAUAUUAAGAUAAAAUUGCUUGGUUCAUGCGCAGUACAAAUAGAUGGAGAACCUUGGUAUCAGCAUCCUUGUGAAUUUAACAUUUCGUACUGCAAUCGGGCAUCGAUGUUGAAAAGUAACUACAACUAAUUCACAUUGCCUGCAUUAAUGCUUGUGCAAUUGACUUAUUUUUAAUUGUGUAUUAACAAACGGUUUCAAUGGAGAAAAGCAGAUUUUGUAGUACUAUUCUUAGUUUCAAUCAAGAAGAAAACUCUAGUCAGAUUAUAGAACACAUCACGUACAUACAAUAGUUAUUUUUUUAAAGCGUUGCUAUCUUUUGUCUGCAAUUAAAAAACUACUCUAUUCAUUCUCGCUCUUUGGGCAUUAAUCGAAAUAUGCCUGAAAAUAUUCAUGCGUAUAUUUAGGAUUACGAUUAUACUUAAACUGGAGUGUCCCGGUGACCUUUAUGAGUCAGUCAAUACCACAAUGUCAAACAAUUUGUCUCUCUCAACUCGGAUUACUUUCGAUUUCGUGAUUUGGUAGAUUCUCAUUAAAACAACGUAAAAACUAUGUGGUGCUGACAGUUUAAUUUGUUGAUUUUAAGUAUGAACCAGACAAGUACUGUGAAUAAUUGAUGUACCUAUUUUUAGAUGUGUAUUUUAAUAAUUAAGGAUUUAUAUGGGCUUGGAAUUGAUUCUGUUUACCGAUAUUUGCAUUUCCGUCUUCUUAUCUCAAACGUUCCUAAGAUAGCCAAAAUCUCAUAAAGACUAGAAUCUCUGUAAAAGUAAUUUGGAUAUAUUUUAUUAUCUUUACUUUUUCUUUCAAAGCAAUCUCAUUUAAGUCAUUAGUUAUCACCUUAUAUAACUUUCGUCAUUCCGUUCCGGAGUCUACCAUUGUCUAAUUAUCAAAUGUGGUCUCAAAAAAUUAAAUGGGCGUUUAUUAUUCCGUAAAAAGACCUGAUCUGAUUGUUAAUAAUAAGUAAUGCAGCCAGGUUGUAUUUGAUAUUUCUCAAUACACAUGAAAGGUCAUUUUUUGAGCAGGACUGAAAAAUGGUUACUUAAAUUUUUUCACAUGUUCAGUGUAUCAAAUUUUCACGAUUCUUUAUAUGUGAUGUAAAGAUUCAGUAUCACUUGACUACAAUCUUGAUGAUACAAAAAUUGCAAUGAAUCUUGAAUUUUUACGUAAGACAUGUUGAAAAGCUAUAAGUUUUAAAUAUACCUACAUAUAACAUAUGGAAUAUAAUAUAAUUUCAUGUCACUUAAGCGGGAAAACAUUGAUUGCAACCUAUUCUCGAACGGAUAAUGUAGCAUGAUCUAUAUAUGUAUACGUAGGUACAAAAAACUAUUCUUUUGUCAAUAAAACGUAAAAAAUUCGCUGAAUAAAUAUGAUUUUAUCAUAUAUAAUGUAGUCAAUACCCAAGUUUAUUACAAUAUCGUCAAAGACGGCAUUUUUAAUUACAUUUUGUGAGUAGCCGAUAGUUCACUUCUCAUGAUUAAUUUUUACACUAGACCUGCAGUGUUGGAAUAAUAAUAAUUAUUUAUUUAAUUUCUUCAAAUAUACAUUCGUCCGUAUAAUGUAUUGAUAAACUCAAUGAUCGAUUAUAACUAUGCAUUUAGGUAUGUACAUGUAUGUAUGUACAAUAGUCCGGUGGGUAUUGAUAUGCAAAUUUACGAAUAGUACGAAACAAGUAAAAUGCAGUGUUUAACAAUAACUUACUGGUUUCUUUUUUUCUUGUCUAUAGACAUGUUGUUACUCUGCAACACCUUCCUGGUUAAAUAAUAGUGUGAUAAUCAGUGUGCAAAGUGUAUAAAUAACUGGAAAAAAAAAAAAAAAAAAAAAAAAAAAAAAAAAAAAAAAAAAACGAGGAAUGGAACAAAAGAGAAAUUAACAGAAACAGAUCUGUAACGAUGAAUUUUUCACCAUAGCGAGGUCCAAAGCUGCUUAAUGUAAAUGAUUCCAUUAGAGAAAGUGAAAAUGAAUUAAUGAUCAAAGAAUCAAGGCUAGCUUUAUAAUAUAAUGCAUAUGUAAAUGUUAAAAGCAAUCAAGGAUGUAAUAGCUAUGCAUCUGUAAAUAUUAUUAUGUUAAAUACUUGAUAAAACAGAGCAAGAAAAAAAGUAAAGUUGUAAAAACGUGACAGAAAAAUUACUAAAACAAUAACGAUAAUUUAUGAAUGUAUGCAUACGCAAAAAAGCAAGCCUUGAUUGAAAUUAUUAUUUUUUUACUGGUCCUGUAACUGAGCAUAAAUUGUUCGGUAGUUUGUCUAUUAAAUUUUCGAAUAAUAAAAGAUAUUAAUAUCGAAUGGCCAAGAUAUUAUGAAAAAUUUCUCGAUUGUGAGACUCACAAUACGCCGGAUCAGCGUUCCAAACCACCGUAUUAUCACUUUUUGAUAAAUAGUAUCAAAAAUAUAAUCCUCAUAAUGAAAUGUAUACAUAAUGAUGUAUCCUGCACAUCAGUUUGUAUUACACAUUUGAUAGUAAUUUAAUUUUAGACGGCAUUGAAAUUUUUCAUUUUUUUUUUCUGUCUAUUAUUCUUUCAAUUGAUAUUCAUUUACGAUACCGUUUUACGGAUUAUUGAUGGAUUAUUAUAUGUUGAAUCUCUACAAGAAUUUAGUCCAUAACAUGAAUGUAACUAGGUGACAUGAAAACACGACAAAUAUAUAGCACCUGAAAUAUUGAUGAACAACGGUUGAUAAUAAUUGGAUUACGGAAUAGGAUGAAGCCCAAACAAACGAGAAAUCGCUUUGCUCAGUCAUUCGACGUUACUCUGUACCACCCAUUUUAGAUUUUUUUUAUUUAACAGGGAAAACUUUUGAAAUUUGUUUUCAAAAUAAUUUUUGUUACUGGAAACAAAUUAACGAAAUAGAAUAAAAUGGGAGGAGUGAGAAAAACAUUGUCAAAUUAAAUCAAAUCUUUUAGGUACAAUUGCAUGGAACAUGCCACAUUGCUAAAUGAAAAAGAAUCUAUCUAUAUACAUAUGUGUGUAUAUGUAUAUGUAGUACGGAUAUGUUCGAAUAAAUAUCAACAAAAGUAUUUAGAUGUAUAUAUUAUAUAUGCCAGCAUAUAUGCAAAAAUAAUGUUUUGUGGAAUGCACAUCUGGAAAAUAUUGAAUAAUGAAUUGAUUACUGAUAUAAACCAAAGUCCAUCCCGUAGACUUAUUCUAAACUAAUAACGAUAACAACAUUUAAAAACAAUUCUACUUAUACUCCAGACCCUGUAUACAGGUAAUCAUUUUUGGCAAUCGCAUCAUACGGUGUGGUAAUUCGCUAGUGCUGAUUAUUUUUCCGUCAACUGUAGUCACGGAACAUCCAAGUUUUACAAUUUUUCUACAAACGAUUAUUUGUCAAAUUCUCCCUCUCUGAUAUAUCGAUAACUCGGUUUCUGAUUCCC